UUGUUGUUGUAUUUAACGGUUUUUUUUUCUUGUAUCAAAAAUGCUUCGAGGUCAAUGUGAAAAACGAGAUUACUGAUGCAAGAUUUUUACCGUCGUUGAAUUGGACACUAUUUCGACAACACUAUAUUUUUUGUAUGUUAUAACAUGGAUUUAUAUAUUGUGAUUUAAAAGUCAAGUGCAGUGUGUUUCGAUUCGAAUUAUUUGGGGACAAUAAUAAAUUCUAAUUAAAUUCAAAUUCAAAAUGAACCAACAUAGGUUUCUACGACGGACGGCUCCAUUGUUUUUUACAAAUAUUCGGCUAGCAAGUCAAGCUUUGGCUUAUGAUAAUUUUGGUGAUCCAGUAGCUGUGUUGAAAAAAGUAUCCAUUCAAAAUGAACGAGUUAUCAAGAAUGGUCAUAUUAUGGUUAAAUAUUUAGCCUCACCAAUUAAUCCUGCCGAUAUCAAUUCAAUACAGGGUGUAUAUCCAGUAAAACCUUCAAGUUUUCCUGCUAUCGCCGGUAAUGAAGGUGUAGCCGAAGUUGUUCGUAUCGGUUCCAAUGUUAAACAUGUACAGAUUGGUGAUAAAAUCAUUCCUGCUGUAAAGGCAAGCGGUACAUGGACCACAAAUGCCAUUUUAUCGGAAAAAGAUGUUACCGUCAUCGAUAAGAAUGUGGACGAUUUAUUUGCUGCACAAUUAUCAGUAAAUCCAUCUACCGCUUAUCGAAUGUUAAAAGAUUUCCAUAAAUUCGAAUCAGGUGAAUCGUUGAUUCAGAAUGGAGGUAACAGUGCUGUCGGUUUAUUCGUCAUUCAGUUAGCCCGAUUAUGGGGUAUCAAAACAAUCAAUGUCGUACGAGAACGACCCAAUCUUGAUGAACUACGUGAUCAUUUAAAAUCGUUAGGUGCCGAUUAUGUUGUGACCGAAGAAGAGUUACGAAAAAGAGAAAUAAUGGAACAAAUAUUGGCUGAAAUACCGAAACCAAAAUUGGCAUUGAAUUGUGUGGGUGGUCAAAAUGCUACCGAUUGUAUGCGAUAUCUAGCUGACAAUGGUACAAUGGUCACCUAUGGUGGAAUGUCAAGAAAACCUGUGGUCAUACCAACCGGUUUGCUCAUAUUCAAAGAUCAAAAAUACGUUGGCUAUUGGAUGACUAGAUGGAGUCAGCAGAAUUUUAAUUCCACACAACGAAUGAAAAUGAUUGAAGAAUUAUGUCAAUUACGAAUUGAGAAUAAACUACAGCUACCCAAAAUGGAAAUAAUCAAACUGGAUGAUUGGAAAGAUGCAAUGGAGAACAUGUCCAAGGGUUUCACCAAUGCCAAAUAUGUCUUUAAAUUUGAUUAAAUAAACCUGUUAGCAAUGAA